AUGUCACUGACAGCAAAACGUCUUCACUUUGUCACGCGGGAACUGAUUUAUAAAGCGGUCUUUUUGUCUUCUCCAAGGGCCACAAUAUGUUUUGCUCGGACUCUCUCACAACAUCCUGAGCUAGCAUCAUUGGUUCAAUAUUUUGAAGCAGGGGCUGGUGAAAGGCAUAUUGAUAUUCAUGACAUCUCGGACCCUGGCACGAAACCAACGUUGAAGACCACGAUAUUCACUCAAGAAGAGAUUCAGAAGUAUUUCUUACCACCCCUGAGGAGAUGGCAUUCAGUUAUUCCAGGAGUAGUCAAAGACCUUCAAUCCAACCAAGGGGCUAUCUGGGUUUCAGGAACCCUUUCUCAACUGCAUGGUCUCACCGAAGUCGAAUUGCAGCUAGGAAGAUCAGCGCAGUACCUGAACAGAAUGAUAAAAUGGUCCAGCGUCGAGGCCAAGGGAGAGCUCCCAUUCAUGAGUUUGGUCAGUCUCAGCCUUUUCGCCAACGAGGACGCUGGCGUGGACGUGAAGUCUAUUCUUCGGCUGCCCUCCUUGGAAAUCUUCAGAUCUUGGAGUCUGCGUGGGUCCUCUCUUCCAAACAUGGUCGGGGAUAUUACCUCACCCCUUCGUUACCUCGGACUCUUUCGUCCUUACAUGGAUGAGGCUGAGGUCGUGUCAUUGCUUCGAUGCUGCCAAGAGUUACGCCAGUUCGACUUGCAGCCCAUUUUAGGAAUGACUCCUGGAGUACCAUGGUAUCACGCCAAGGCAGUGGCACAGGGGAUCAGUGCCGGGCUCUAUCACUGUCGACAGACCCUGGAGGUAUUGACUAUUGAUACCUGGACCACCUCUACACCUGCUCAGCCCGUCGAUUUCACCGGAUAUCAACACCUGACCAAGCUCACAUUACCGGCCACAGAGGCUGUAAAAUUGGCAGAUACUCGUAACCCUCCAGCACGAAUGGCCCUCUUUCCAAAGCCUUUAAAGUGCUUGGUCUUGGUCAUGGCGCAGCGUGGAAGAACUGAGACCCUUCGCUCGGCACUCCUUCAAUACGUCACAAAUCAACAGCUCUCGCCCGCCCUCAGGACCUUGGAUGUUAUCUGGGAGCGCAGCCACACAUCCAAGGUCCCUGAAUUAAGGGAAAUUGAAGAUGCUUGUGCAUGUCGUGGAAUUAUCUUCAGCUCAAGGCUCUCGGAUCGAUAG